UUAGCUCUUCCAUUGGCUCGUUUUGUGUACAGCAUCCUCUGACCCCCACUCACACACUCUCUCCAAUGCAGCAUGUGGCUCUUCAAUUGUAUUCUUCAUCAUAGGUUUAUCCCAUUGCAGUGGUUAGCAGUUGAUAUGGAACACUGACAUAUGCACGACUGCUUAGGACUUACAGUGGAAUUAUCCUGGCUUUGCUUGAAAGAGGAAAUCUGCAGUUCGAAAACCAUGAGCGGCAGUGUGAACAUCAAGACCAUAUCCCAGGCCCAACCAAGCUCAGGUCUGGUCUCUGGUAUCCCCCUUCCCCAGAGGAUAACCCCCCUUUCCAAACUGGACCCCAAACAUCAGGGGGGCAGCGCCCUAUCUAACCCCACAGCACAGUUUCAACUCAGCACCAAAAUGCAUCCCUCCUACACUUCAUCAUCUUCAUCCUUUUCAAACGAGCUGCUGAGUGGUGCAGAUUUGAGGGGUGGUAUCUGUCCCACUGGCUCCUCCUCCAGAGUCUCCUAUGCCCCAGAGAGAGGCACCAUCAGCCGGUCAGCCUACAGCAGCCCCCAGGUCCCCAAGAGACAGACACCACCACCACGCUCCAAGGACACCCUGGACCUCCGCAGCAGCAAUGCUCUAUCCCAGAAGGCUUUUCGAGAACUUCCCACCAGGAGAAAUGUCAAUGGGAACUGGGCCUCAGGCGGGGUUCGCCACAGCCGUCUGGACGACAAUGGAGAUGCGCAGGAUGCCCUGUCGAAGCUCUCUGGUGGUGAUCUCCACUCAGGCCAAAGCAGGCUCUCCAACACUAAAGCAGGGAACGGGAAUCUGAUCAGCGCUGUGUUGAUGACCACCCGUCAGGAGCAGAGGGAGCCGAGGAACCUCUCCUGCCAUGGCAUGAUCGCUCCUAAAAAAGACAUGUCCACCAACAAACAUAGAGCGGCCCAUCUGAGCCAGAGUGGUGGUGGUGGUACCAGGCAGACAGUCAGUGUGCCACGCAGAGGGAGUGAGCCUGCCCGUAGUAACAUGGCCACUGUGGCACCUUUCAGGUUCAGGUUGAAUGUCCAGGAUGAUGAUGCCUCUUCUCUGGAGGACCUGAGUGACUGCUCCUCUGACUCCAUGGAGGUGUGCUGUGAUGACCUGGGAGGCAUGCGCAGAAGUAGCGUGAAAGGAGGCAGAGAAGGAGAUUUAAAGAUGGAAAGGGCGGAAAGCACCAAAACGUACGGCCAAGCAGAGGGCAAAGCUGUUGGCAUGGCAGCCAAGAGGGGCAAGUCGGGGGUGCCCCAGAGCGCCCAACGAGGGGAACUGAGGGUGUACCGUGCAGGUAGCUCUGAGGGGCGGCUUCCAGUGUCCUCCAACCUCCGCAAGCAGAGGUCCAUGACCAACCUGGCCGUGCUCACCGAUGCAGAGAAAAAGAUACACCUCUACGAGCCCAAGUGGUGUGAUGACAUGGCCAAACCUGGAGCAGGACCCCUCAAGGCAGGCAAGCCCAAGCUGGCAGGAGGGGGUGGGGGUGGCGGACGAGGGGGCGCGCCACUCUCACGCAACCUCUCCAAGUCAGAGCACUCUCUCUUCCAGGGCAAACCCAAAACCUUCAGCCCAUUGGUGGCUCCUUCUGGUCUGGUCAGACCCAGUCAGAGCCGGAUCCCCCGGGCGCCGUAUGCAGAGGUGAAGCCCCUGAGUAAAGCCCCUGAGGACGGAAAAUCUGAUGAUGAGAUCCUCUCCAGCAAGGCUAAGGCUGCCAGCAAGAAGCAGGCAGUGGGAGCUUCUGUGGAGUCAGAGGCCAAGAGCCAAGGUGAUGGGAGCCAAUCCUCCUUCCUCAAGGUGGAUCCAGAGCUGGUAGUGACUGUCCUGGGUGACCUGGAGCAACUUCUCUUCAGCCAGAUGCUGGACCCAGAGUCUCAGAGGAAACGUACGGUGCAGAACGUCCUUGACCUCAGACAGAACCUGGAAGAUACCAUGUCCAGUCUACGGGGAGCCCAACUCAGCCAUGGCUGUCUGGACAGCAGUACUGUUUGCUACGACAGUGACGAGACGAACGGCCGCAGCAUGUCCAGUCAGUCCAACCGCUCCUCUCCUCUCUCCUGGCGCCACGGCCAAUCCAGCCCCCGGAUGCAGGCUGGAGAUGCUCCUUCUUCCACAGGCAGCGGUGGGUACCAGGGGGGCAAGGCCGGGUCCCAGUACACGGCCCACACAAUGCCUGCCCGAGUCUCCAGCCGUUUCAGCCACUCCUCCCGAAUGGAGCUCAUCGAAGGGCUGGAUGUGGAUGAUGCGGACCUCAAGUCUGGUUACCUGAGCGACACCGACCUGCUGGGCAAGAGCAUGCCAGAGGAUGACGACGACAACCUGGCCAAUGGCUGGGAAGAGAGCAGCUCCAUCAGCAGUGGGCUCAGUGAUGGCUCUGUAGACAACCUCAGCUCCGAGGAGUUCAACGCCAGCUCCUCGCUCAACUCUCUACCCACCACACCCCUCGGAUCCAGACGCAAUUCCUCUGUCAUGCUCCGCACCGAUGCUGAGAAGCGCUCCCUGGUGGAGAGUGGCCUGUCCUGGUACAGUGAGGAUGCCAAGGCCGCACGCAAGAUGGACGGGGGCAGCUACGAAACUGGGAGCCUCAAGACCGAGACCCCCAGCAAGUGGAGGAAGUCCUCGAGACCCAUGGAGGGUGCUAGUGAGGACGCAGGGGUCAAAGGGGAACUGAGGAAGCCCCAGAUCCUGGGUCAGCCAGGGAACUUUAAUAAGAAGGGGCGCCACCCUCCUGUGGGCGUGACCUCACCCAUUACCCACACCUCUCAGAGCGUGCUCAAAGUGGCAGCACCAAAGAGUGACCACAGGGCGGUGGACAAGACAAAGAUGUCUGUGAAGGCUGCUGGGCUGCAGCGAUCUCGUUCUGACGCAGGGAGGGAUCAUCUUCCGCAGCACCGGGAACUCCGCAAGCCCCCAUCCGGCCUGGUCAAGCCCUCUGCCGGGGCCUCGUUCGGCUACAAGAGGCUCCCGACCACCAGCACUGCCACCAUAAUGACAGCAGGGGGCAGUACCAUCUCUAGUGGCUCUGCCACCUUGGGCAAGAUGCCCAAGUCUUCUGGCAUUCCAGUGAAGCCUCUGGGAGUUGGAGGAGGAGGAGGAAGAGCGGGACGUAAGAAUAGCUUUGACGCCACCGGCGGUGAGGAGGGGGGCUUCCUGGGGCCCAGCGCCCGUAACAGCCUCCAGUACCGCAGCCUGCCACGCCCCGCCAAGUCCAGCACCCUCAGCCUGAUCGGCCGCCCUGGGUCGGCCCGGCCCGCCAGCAGCAGCAUGGACCCCGGCCUGCUCAGCCUGAAGCCUAUCUCCAUGGCCUGCCCCGGCCCCAGGGGGAAAGAGACUGGCAGUGGAAGCACUAAGGGGGGCAGUCGAGGAGGGAGCACAGGCCCUGUCAACCAGACAGACAGGGAGAAGGAGAAGGAGAGGGCUAAGGCCAAGGCAGUGGCGUCUGAUAUGGGCUCCCUGUGUGGCUCUCUGAAGAUGGCAGACUGUCAGGGUGAUUCUACUGGGGAGGCUAGCGCCAAACUGCAUGGGCUGCGUAGGGCCAGCAGCAGCAAAUACCCUGAGCUCUCAUCACCCACCACUCAGAGGAUGCUGAGCUGCAAAUCUCUGGGUCGGCCUCCCAGCCUGGCACACCUGGACAAGGUCAACUCCAACAGCCUGGACUCGUGCGUGACCAUUCAGGACCUCCCUCCUAAAGUGCCCCCCUACUCCAAGCUCCAGGACCUGGCUGGGUCCGUGCCACGCAGCACCAUCCCCCGGGGCCUCACCCCCAGCCCAGCACCCAUCCUGCACCUCGACUCCCCCAGCUGCUACCCCAGCCAGACCCUGUCCAUGGGCGGCUCUCCACUGCUCUACCCCAAACUGUCUGGCCUACACCGCAGCAUGGAGUCACUUCCCCUCACCAUGAGUGUCCCUCCCAGUGGAGGAUAUAUCCGGGCAGAGUCCAGAGACAGGGACAGGGACAGCUACAGAGACAGGGACAGGGAGGAGACGAGGAGCACGGGGACCUGGGGUGCUGGGAGCAGGACCUCCCUCAAUCUCCCAGACAGUUUGCAAACAGACAGGAACACCUUACCCAAGAAAGGAUUAGGGUAUGUCAAUCGCUACAGCUCUGGUCUGUCAGAGGAUCAGUCGGAGGGGAAGGAGAGGCGUCACUCUCACACCGCAGUGAGCCUGAUGGAGAGCGAGAGCCCCCCUCAGCUGCCAUCGCCCACCCACAUUCCCCACCUCUCCUCUGGCAAGGCUGUCCUCACUAACGUGGUUGCCCCCAUCCCGAGCGGUGCCCCCAGGAUAACCCGCUCCAACAGUAUCCCCACCAACGACAUGGCCUUCGACCUGUAUGGCACCUCUCCACUGGGCAGCACCAUGUCACUGGCCGACCGGCCCAAGAGCAUGAUGCGCUCUGGAUCCUUCCGCGAGCCUGGGGAUGACUGUGAGACAGCUAGCACAUUCCACGGCUCUGUCCUCUCCUUGGCAUCAAACACUUCAUCCAACUAUUCCUCGACCGAGGAGCGGAUACAAGGAGAGCAAAUCCGCAAGCUGAGACGCGAGCUGGAGAACUCCCAGGAAAAAGUGGCCAACCUGACUACCCAGCUGUCUGCCAACCUAGGACAGGCUAAUUUGGUAGCAGCGUUCGAGCAGAGCCUGCAACUGAUGACGUCACGUCUACAGACCCUGUCGGUCAGCCAGGAGCAGAAGGUACCGGACUCUGAGCUGACUGAUCUGAAGGAGACCAUAGAGAUCCUGAAGACGAAGAACACAGAGGCCCAAGAUAUCAUCCAUGUGGCCCUCAGCAACCCUGAAAUCCCUCCUGAAGAGCUUCAGAUGAAGAGGCAGAACUCGUCCGAGAGCAUCUCCAGCCUGAACAGUAUCACCAGCCACUCCAGCUUGAGCAGUCUGAAGGAGCAGGAGGCCAAGAAGAAGAAGAAGAGCUGGCUGAGGAGUUCCUUCAACAAGGCGUUCAGUAAGAAGGGUUCAAAGCUCUCUGCUUCGUACGCUGACAUCGAGGAGAUCGCCACUCCAGAUUCCUCGGCUCCCUCCUCUCCUAAGAUCACCAUCCACCACGGGGACAGGGAUGGGGACGGGGACAACCCUCCCUCCGUGAUGAGGUCCUGUGUCUCUGCAUCCUCCUCUGGGCUGUGUGAAGGAGGCGAGGAUCCCCCGGAGGAUGAGAAGGUUGUGUCUACGUUGCGCUCGGCCCUCUGGGAGAAGGAGAGGAAGCUGACGGACAUCCGCCUGGAAGCCCUUAGCUCCGCCCACCAGCUGGAGCAACUGCAGGAGGCCAUGAACAACAUGCAGAUGACGGUGGAGAACCUGAAGGCAGAGAAUGACCAGUUGAAGACAGGCGGUCCCUCAACCUCCACCUCCCAGUCCUCCAGCUUGGCAUCACUGGGCACUGCCUCGCCACGUCAAUCUGUUGCCAUAUCUCUGACCAAGACCUUAAGCAUGAGCCUGGGAGAGGGCAGCUCCCCUGACCUGUUCCAGACAGAAGCCGCCAGUCUCCCCUCUCACAGAGACGACCCACGUGUCAGAGUGGUGGUUCGUGUGGCCAACCUGCGCAUCUUCAAAGAUGAGGUGAAACAGCAGGACUUCUUCAUCGGUACUGUGAGGGUUAACGGCAGAAUGGACUGGCCUAUGUUGGAUUUGGCUGUCGGCCAGGCUUUUAAGGUGUACAUAGCCAAGGUGGACCCCACCUCCAGCCUGGGCCUGUCUACAGACUCUAUCUACAGCUACAGUAUGAACCACAUCAGGAGGGUGCUGGGAGGAGAGUUGCCAGAGAGCCAACCCUCACACUGUGUAUCCAAGGGGCCCAGCGGCGUCACUGUUACACUCAAAGGUCUGAAGGAAAAGUGUGUGGACAGCCUGGUGUUUGAGACGCUCAUCCCCAAGCCCAUGAGCCAGCACUACAUCAGCCUGCUGCUGAAGCACCGCCGCCUCAUCCUGUCUGGGCCCAGCGGCACCGGCAAGACCUACCUCACUUCCCACCUGGCAGAGUACCUGGUGGACCGCAGCGGCCGAGACCUCACCGACAGCAUCGUGGUCACCUUCAACAUGCACCGCCAGUCAUGCAAGGAUCUCCAACUCUACCUGUCCAACCUGGCCAAUCAGAUCGAUCGGGAAACCAGCACAGCUGAUAUCCCAUUGGUGGUUAUCCUGGAUGAUAUACAUGAUGCCACUUCCAUCAGUGAGCUUGUCAAUGGGGCCCUCACCUGCAAAUACCACAAAUGUCCUUACAUAAUUGGAACUACCAACCAGCCAGUGAAGAUGACCCCGAACCACGGCCUGCACCUCAGCUUCAGGAUGGUGACCUUCUCCAAUAACGUGGAGCCAGCCAAUGGCUUCCUGGUGCGUUACUUGCAUAGGAAGUUGAUGGAGGCGGAGGACGAGAGGAGCCUGGCCAACGAGGACCUCCUCAGGGUGCUGGACUGGGUACCCAAGCUGUGGUACCACCUGCACACCUUCCUGGAGAAACACAGCACCUCUGACUUCCUCAUCGGCCCGUGCUUCUUCCUGUCCUGUCCUGUGACUGUGGAGGAGUUCCGCUCCUGGUUCAUUGACCUGUGGAACCUCUCCAUUAUCCCCUACCUGCAGGAAGGAGCCAAAGAUGGCAUUAAGGUGCAUGGUCAGAAGGCAGUGUGGGAGGACCCAGUGGAGUGGGUGAGGGGCACCCUACCCUGGCCCUCAGCCCAACAGGACCAGGCCAAGCUGUUCCACCUGCCUCCCCCCAGCAUGACCUCUGGAGUCCCCGGCCAGCCCAGCGAGGCCUCAGCCAGGCCUCUUAAUAAGGAAACCCCACCCAGCUCCAUGGACACCCUGGACCCUCUGAUGGCGAUGUUGUUGAAGUUGCAAGAGGCAGCCAACUACAUUGAAUCUCCAGACAGAGAAACAAUGGACCCCAGCCUCCCUACACUUUGAACAUCAACUUCAUCUGUAGACUCAAAACCUAGCACUUCAAAUAGCCCUACUUCUUUCCCCUAUGUGAACUUCAGUGUAUAAAAUUCAGGAACAAAAACUUUCCAAUAUAGUUUUCUGCUAAUUUUCUAACUUAUCUUGAACCUUAGCAAAAAACAAUCAUACUCCAUAUGGUUGAUUGAUUGAGAAGCCGUUUUGUUAUGUUGUUUUGAAACUUUAUUCAAUCAUGCCAAGUCAUUCCAAAAGACAUUAUAGCGAUGUUUAGAUUUUCUAUUUCUGUCGAUUUUUCUUGAACUAGAGGUUAUAUUCACAGUAUAAAGUGUCUUUCUCUUUACAGAAGACGUAUCUCUAUCACUUCUGCCCUCAAUAGAAACAGGUGCUAAUUAUCUAGAUAAUAAGUAUUACUCUUUAGAAAUUCAUCCUCAUCUCUCAUUGGUCUAAGCAGGUGAUUCUUCCAACAGCACAUUUAAAAGACAAAAAAAACACAUUCUUGCUUAUCUGCUUUUGCUCAACAACAGCAACAUGGCCUGCAAUGUGUCUGUAAAAUCAAGUCAGUUUGAAACCUGUUUUCGGCUUAUUAGAAAGAGUAUGACGGCAUGUUGUUGGCAUGUCAGGUUGUGUAGUGUCCUGGUCCUGAAUACAUAUCUAUCACUCUUUGAAGGCCAAAUCUUAGACAUAUGCAACUGUUAUACAUAACCAGGUGAACUGUUUUGACUCUGUUUUGUGCUCUAACAAACUGAAUGCCUUAAUUAAUACAUCUAUUCCUGAUGGUCACCUCGAGAUGGACAGCAGUAUUCAAUCGUGGUGCUUUGCUUUCAUCACCAUCGCCUCAGAGCAGAGUAGUGCGAGGACAUUCACUUGUCCCUCCCUCACAUGGUUCUGGGGUCACAUGGUUCCGGGGUGAUUUUAAAUGUCAUCUAAGAUAUAUUUGACAGAUAACUAUGUUGCAGGUAGGGUAGAUGGUGAUGAUCAGGGUUUCUUUGUCAAGUGAGAAAAUAUAGGGUUGAACAGAGCAGAACACAGACACACAAUUAUUUCCUAUGGUUAAUAUCUUUCAUUAUUAUUCACGGCAAAAUCUGUGCAAAAUUACAAACGCUGUCAUACUCAUUACUAAAACAGGGGGGAAAAAAUCAGUACAUACUAAUCUCAGCUUCUGUGGUACUAGUUCAUUGGUUUGUUGCAGGCAGCAUACAUUAUAUUUAUUUGACUGAACAUAUAUUUCAAAUCUAACUACCUGUUUUGAAGAAAUAAGGCCAUGACAGUACUACUUUCAUAUAAAUCAGGUAUUACUAAGAAAGUUAUUUUGUAUGAAUAAUGCUUGAGCAACUGCUAUUUGCUUAUAGCUUAGAUAUUUCUCAACUUCUAUUUUUAAGAUGGUGAGGUAUCAUCUAAUAUAUUCCACGCAAUUAUCCAACAUAGUUACUGUGCUCAAUUCUUUAUGUAGAUAUUGAUUUCAGUUUUAUCUACACUAGUUGCAUGGUGCAAAUAUCUUAUAUGCUGAACCAAAUAUUUUACUGUAAUCUUGCAUAUUGACUGUCUGGUUAGGGGUCAGAGCAUAAAAGUGCUUAAAAGAAUGAACAUGUAGAUAUUUUCCUCAAUAUGUUGGCCAUGUAACAUUGCAGAUCAUUUAGGUGCUUUUGAAUGUAGACGUUUUACAAAGCUACUGUCUCAUUCCUUGCAGAAACAUGUUUUUAGACCUACACCAAGAUGGGUGAAUGAACGGAUGAGUUCUCUGUUGCACCCCACAAACCAUUGUAAUCAGACACAGGUUAACAAUCUUACAUCUAUUGUAGCUGCCAAUGGUGCUGUCCACUUUUUGACUGGUAAUAUUGCUUUGCUCAUCUUCGGUUUAGUUAAUGACCAUUCAGACACAGCAUAAAAUGGAUGACAAAUCUAUUUGCUCAUCAGCAAUGAUCAAGGGCCAUUUCCCAGUUCAGAGUCAUACAUAUAGGAAGAUAAAUGUAUGAAAAUAAGAUCGGAAAAAAAUGAAAUUGUAAAGUAGCGUGGGUUACAUUAGUGUUUUCAAAAGAUACAUCUAGCCAUACUGACUGAUGCUGAAACAAUGUAGGAGAAUGUCUCUGUUUUGGUCUCUUCACAUUAAUAAUGUAUAAUCUCUUGAUCAUAAGUCACCUGUAUAUAAACUGUGAAAUGAAUGUUCAAUUGCUUUCUUUGUACAAUAGUUAUCACAACAGAAAGAAAUGUUGCAAACCAUUAAAGGUCAUUAUUAAGCAAAGUGGAACUAAACCACCAUGAUUACGUUAAAACAUGAUACUUUUUUGUUGUUUUGCUUUUUCAUCAAACUGUUAAUCAAAUCAAUGACAUCAAACUAAGUCCAAAGUCCAUCUGAUGACGUCAAACUGUUAAUGAGCCCAAAGUCCACCUGAUGACAUCAAACUAUUAAUGAGUCCAAAGUCCAUAUGAUGACAUCAAACUAUUAAUGAGUCCAAAGUCAAUCUGAUGACAUCAAACUAUUAAUGAGUCCAAAGUCCAUAUGAUGACAUCAAACUAUUAAUGAGUCCAAAGUCAAUCUGAUGACAUCAAACUAUUAAUGAGUCCAAAGUCCAUCUGAUGACAUCAAACUAUUAAUGAGUCCAAAGUCCAUCUGAUGACAUCAAACUAUUAAUGAGUCCAAAGUCCAUCUGAUGACAUCAAACUAUUAAUGAGUCCAAAGUCCAUCUGAUGACAUCAAACUGUUAAUGAGUCCAAAGUCAAUCUGAUGACAUCAAACUGUUAAUGACUUGAAGUAAAUGGCUUUUGCCUCUCUGUGUGGUCACAUUAAUGCAGGUUUGCGUUUCGUGUUAUGAAUCUUGUUCUGGUGGCAGCUCUGCAGAGUGGUUACUAGCUAGCACAGCCACAAAGUCAUUAACUCUAAUGUUUAACCUAACCUCUAACAUUAACCACACUACUAACCUAAUGUCCUAACCCUAACCUUAAUAAAUUAAAUUCAAAAGGUAUUUUUUAUUUGUACAUUAAUUUUUAUGAUGUAGCCAAUUUUGACUAUGCAGCUGGCCCAUCUAGUGGAAGUCUCUCAGUUCUGGCACAAAGACUAGACCCAAUAAAUGUCAACCUGACACAUUUUUACAAAUUGAAAGAAUUCUGUGAUGAAUCAUAUGUGGGGAAAAUGCCCCUUUGGUCUAUCCAUUUUACAAUGACACCAUGAGACCCAUCUGGACCUUCUAUAAUCUAAAUAAUUAGCCUCAUUAAUUUAAACAAAACUAUCAUGUAGGCUCCCAAUCUGCCAUUGUACAAACACUGCAUUGUUUUACUAUUCAGAAGAGUAUGAAAGUAUAGUACAGUAUAUCCUGUAUCUAUGUAUGCAGGUAAACAAAUGCCAUUCUGUUUGUUCUUCAUCUCACUCACUGGUCGUUGUGGCUGUUGCUCUGUAGUGGCUGUGCUGUGUGUUUGAUAACAAUCUUGUGUAUCAGGACUAUGCAGCAACUUUUACUGGUUUUGGCAAUCAGAAGAAAGAAAAAAACAGUUUAAAUUUGUUUUGAAAGCUAACAGACACAGUUUACUUCUGAUUUGCAUUGCCCCAGUCUUGCAGUAAGUUGGACCAAAUGAAAUGUUACCAGAUAUGCUUGACUAUGCCUUAAUGUGAAUUGUGAUGCAAGUGUUGCAUUAUGAGAGAGAGUGAGUGAGUAUGUGACCUUCAAAAAUGUAAGGGAUGCCUUGUGUUAUGAGUACACUGACUAUGUGAAGGUUGUUAGAAUAUGUGUGAUGAAAUCAUUGGUCCCACAAGACACCACUUGACUGAAUUGGAAGUGGUAGAACCUCUGCUUUAGAUCACUGGGCUGUACCUUUGUGGCACAAGAGGGAUAUGACAGUGUAAGCCUAGGUUCUAGAGGUUCUACAGGUUGUUGUCAAAACGGAUUAGGCCCUAAUUGCAGUUCGGCACAAUUUAACUAUUAUCCAAGAACAAAGUUCAUAGUUCAAAAUGAAACUAGAUUUUCAAGAAAUCGAAGAUAAAUCAAUGUUUCUAUAUAAGCAGGUUCCUCGUAAAAACGUAACGAAUAUGAAUUGAUUCUAAAUGAAGUAUUUCCACUUGAUGAAGGCCAAUACAGGUUGCUGAAUAGUCAUAAUUAUUUUUGCAAAGCUUGUUAUUGACUCAAAAUAAAAAUGGUAAUAAUGGUC